GAUCACGUUGGAGAGAGCGUUGGGUGGGCGCGGCUAACUAUGCGAGGACUUCCGGCUUUGUGGACACGUGGUUCCGUGUCGGUCUGCCUGUCAGUGUAGGUGAAGCUCUCCAACCCUCCUCUCCCUUUUCUCCUCCUAUUUCUUCCUCCUCUUGCGUCUCAUUCCCUCCUUGUCUCGCCAACUUUGUUCGUGUUGAUACCAGCCGACUGCCAGCCAGGCCGCGCUCAACAGUCCAAGGGACGAGUGUGCGUGCUAAAGUGUGCGUGUGUGAUAUUGUAUGUGUGCGUGCCAGCUACCCUCCCGUCCGUGUUAUCCUCCCCAACAUCCCGCCUCGUUGUGUCGGUCAUGACGCUGGAAGCGAUCCGCUACCGUGCCGGGUCUCUGCAGAUCCUCAACCAGCUGCUGCUGCCUCACCAGACCGUCUACGAUGACAUCCGCUCGGUGCAGGACGCCUACGACGCCAUCAAGUCAAUGAAGGUACGCGGUGCCCCAGCCAUCGCCAUCGUAGGUUGCCUAAGCUUGGCUGUGGAGUUACGAGCAGGUGCGGGUGGCGAGGACCCCGUGACGUUCAUCCGUGAAUCGUUGUGUCGCCUGACGUCAGCGAGGCCCACCGCUGUCAACAUGGGCCGUGCCGCCCGUGAACUGAUGGAGUUUGCCGAGAACGAGAGCAUGGAGAAGAACUCUGAGCAGUUGAGAGAAAGUGUAAUAGCCUGGAUUGAAGACAUGCUGGAGCGAGAUGUCAAUGACAACAAGAAGAUCGGAAACUUUGGCGCCCAGCACAUCCUUUCGGGUGUCCCGAGGGAGUCGGUGACCAUCCUCACCCACUGCAACACUGGCUCGCUGGCCACGGCUGGAUACGGGACUGCACUAGGAGUGGUGCGAAGCCUCCACACGCUGGGCCGGCUGAAACGUGUCUACUGCACAGAGACGAGACCGUACAACCAGGGGUCUCGACUCACGGCGUACGAAGCAGUAGCAGAGGGAAUCCCCGCUACGCUAAUCACAGACAGCAUGGCGGCCCUCACCAUGAGAGAAAUGAACAUCACAGCUGUGGUGGUAGGAGCGGACAGGGUGGUUGCCAAUGGCGACACGGCCAACAAAGUCGGAACGUACCAGCUAGCCAUUGCUGCCAAGCAUCAUGGGAUUCCUUUCUAUGUGGCCGCUCCCAGCACUUCAUGUGACUUAAGCUUGGAAAGUGGCAGGGACAUCAUAAUUGAAGUUCGUCCGCCUGAUGAACUCACCAGUAUAAAUGGAGUCCCCAUUGCUGCUUCAGGCAUCGAGGUGUGGAACCCGGCGUUUGACGUGACUCCCCACCAGCUCAUCACAGGAGGCAUCAUCACAGAGCUGGGGGUCUUCCUCCCCUCGGAGCUCCAGGCAGCCCUCACUGGCCGCCUCACUGCGCUCUAGACCCCCACCUGCUGGCACUUUGUUGUCACUGCACCUUACUUUCAGACACUGACACUUAAUUUCAUUGUAACACACGCACGCACGCGCACACACACGCACACACACACACACACACACUGUCACGAUGUUAUUCAAUUUUGGUAAAAAAAAUAAACAAAAAAAAGCAUAAGUUGAAGAAAAGGUGUUUUACUUUUCCUCUCCCUCUUUGACACACACACACACACACACACACACACACGCACACACGCACACACGCACACGCACACACAGACAGAAACACACUCAGUGCGCAAGCCGAAACACACUGCAGGGAAUCAAACAGAUAUGUGAGCAGUUACCCCCCAUUCCUUUCCAUAUUUUUCCUCCUAUUACUCUAAUCUCACAGUUGUUAUGCUGCUCCUAAUUUUUGGCCGUUUUUUUUUUUCUUCACUUUUCAAAAGGCUUCUUUCUGUGAGUGCUGACAUGACUCCAAUCUUUCAGCUGUGUUUGGUAACAUAUUUUGAGUCUUACCUAAAGGAAAUUUUCAGGGCAACUACAAAAAAUAACAUUGAUGACCAGACUGAUUUUCAUAUUAAAGUUACCGGUAGUAUUCCGAUCAGCUCUAGUCUCUGAAAGUGCUGCUGUCCACUUGUAAAUACAUAUGUGUCCUUGCUGGUAGCAUGUAAAUAAUGUAGAAAUUAAAUCCACUGCCACUGCUGAUUUAGUAAAUUCAAAUGACGCACAGUGGCAUCAAAAUGUUAUAUUAACAUUUCAUUUCUGUCUUUGUGUCGAUACUUUAGUAGGAGUGUCAUUCAAAUUUAUAGCUGUAAUUUGAAAUAAUCAUUUCAAUUUUAAAAAAAGGAGUAUCUUGAUGAGUCCCGAAGACAAAACAUCGCUAAUUUUAUUCCGUACUUACUUAUCAUACACGCUUACUUCAUCUUAUCCACUUACAGUAUGUAUGUAGCCAUGCUUCUUUCAGAACCAUUCUCACCAUGUUCAUCGUCUACUGCACUCUUUAGAAUAAUCUAGAGAAGGGAAAGUGUAUCCCAAAACAGCGUUUGCUUUGAAUUCGCAUAUACGAGGCGAGGGAUAGACCUCAAAAUAAAAGUUUGACAUUCAA